AUGACAGAGCAAGUCAUAGACCCAGCUAGACCUAUCUUAACAAUUAAAGACCGGGAAUUCAUUAUCCAAGGUCAUAGACAAACAUAUGCGGAGCCAAACAGCGAAGCUCUAAAACUUCUCGAGUCAAAAAUUGAGGAUGAUGGGACACCAGAAGCACCUCCGGGAGAUCCAAAAGAUACCAAUCUCCUUCCAUAUAAACCAUUGGCUGUACAAGAUCUUCAAAACUUUCGACGCUGGUGCGGGCCAAUUUCGGGUUCGAAAGACAAUACUGAAUACACUGAUGCAAUCGGUGCGAGCAUUCUUAAAGUAACAGAUGCCUAUAUUCGUCAAAUAUGCCUAUUUGUGAAUAGUCACUCACCAGUUCGGAAUCGUCGCGAGGAUUAUCCAACCAUGGCUUAUCUUCCCCACGAUUUCUGGAAUCCGCCCACCGAUCCUCCUACUGAAGCUUAUAUAGAAGAGAGAGCGGAAUACAUAAGGACAACAGCACGUCUGCCGCCUCAACGAAUUACUGCCCUCACUCACUUGUUCAUUCAUAUUACAUCAUCUCCUAAGAACCUCGAUGUCAAACCAGAGAGUGCCUUGAUGGUAAUAACGCCCAGGGCAGCCACGAUAGAGUACUUUGAUCAAAUGGAUCAUCCCGACAAACAUCACCGAAUAGGAAAUAUUAUGAAUGUGAUUUCCCGCGUGGAUCCUACAUGCCAUGGAACAUGGUUAGAACUCGCCGAUUGGAAAUGUAGAGCCGGACAAUCAGGUGGACAAUCUGAAAUCCUUGAUUUGCCGGCGGAAAGAAAGAGGUCAAGUCAGAUUUGGGUGUGCACGAGUGCUCUAGGUCAGGCACUUGGUCAUGAUGUCGGGAUGCUUUAUCCUCUGAAGGCUAUGGAGACCAUGGGAUUCGGUUCAUAUGAUUUCUUGAUGUGGAGGCAAGCAAUGGUCAUUGUGAUUGAUUUGUACCGCGGGUAUUUCUCAAAUGUCUUUGGUGACCCGCAGUAUAAGCCGAGGGUGAAGAUAAUGUUCGGUCAUCGUAUGUAUAAGGAGGGGAAGACCUUCCCUUGGGUGGAUAACUCACGGCAGCGGAGGAAUGGCUCGCCGUGGUUACAUUUCUCGGAGAAAGUGUACAGGAGACUUUUACCUAGAGAGUUGGCGCAGUGGAAUGGAUCGAAUGCUUGGAGGAAUCUUGAUGAGGAGGGAUUGUACCAUAGAGCUACUGAGAGAAUGCGACACCCUAAUAGGAAGGGUAGAUAUUAUGGUGCACCUAAAGGAACACAGUUAGGGGAAUUUGGGGAGAAGAUGAAGGGAACGAGGGCGAGGAGAUUGAGGAUGUGGUUGGAAGAUGUGGAUGCUAAUGAAGGAAAAAGGAUAGAUCGUUAUCAUAGUCCUAAUGAUUCGGUUGGGUGGUUUGUUGGUUCGAGGAUGUAG